CUCCUACUUUUGUAAAGACUUCAAUUCAUAAUGAAAGAAGUCCGCCAGUCAGUCUGAACUAUUUACCAUUUGGACUCGGAGGCGUUGGGGCAAUAUUGAUUAACGAUGGCGUACCCUGAGGUGAUCAGCGUGGAAAACUCCGUGAGGGAGGAGCUGCUGGCGGAUCACCAGGGCGAGAAGACCGACUGGGUUCAGGUCGGCCCGAAGAAAUACUUGCUGCCAAGUAAAUGCAAAACGGAGAUGAAGAUUUUCCUGGACAUAAAGACCAGACCCGACGACGUAUGGAUAUCCACCUUUCCUAGAACAGGCAGAAAUUCUUCGACAGGGACGACCGUAACUCAAGAAAUGGUGUGGCUAUUGAUGAACAAUUGUGACUUCGAAAAGGCGAAAGGGCUCAAUUUAUUCGUGAGAUCACCAUUUUUGGAAUUAGACUUGUUUUUCCAUGAAGAGACAAAAAAUAAACUUUUGGAAGAGAACGCCGAUAACGAGGAAAACAGGAUCAUCAUCGAGAACAUGUCGAAACCGGUGUUUGAAACUAUCGACGAUAUGGAUUCACCUCGCGUCAUCAAAACACACUUCCCUCCAAGCCUCCUUCCACUCGAUUUAGAGGAAACUGGAGCCAAAGUCAUAUAUCUUGCAAGGAAUCCCAUGGAUGUCGUACUGUCAUUCUACCAUUUGACAAGACUCUGGCGAACUUCAGAUUACGUAAAUACGUUUCAACAGUUCUGCCGACAGUUUAAAGAAGGAUUAGUACCUUGGGCACCAUUCUGGGAACAUGUCCAGGAAGGAUGGGAAAGGAGGAACAAUAGGAACUACAUAUUUAUUUUCUAUGAAGAUAUGGUCAAGGACAUGACAGCGACCAUAAGAAAGUUGAUGGAGUUCCUUGAAGUUGAGUACGAUGAAGAAACGAUUGCUAAGCUUGCUGACCAUCUCAAUAUCAAUAAUUUCAAAAUGAAUCCAUCGGUUAACUUUGAGUCACUAAGGAAUGUCGGUAUAUUCAGCAAAGACGAGCAAUCAUUUAUCCGACAAGGCAACGAGAGAGGAAAUAAAAAUGAGUUUACAGAAGAAAUGAAGGAGUCCUUUAGACAGUGGAUAAAUGAAAACUAUGAAAACACAGAUCUGAGAUUUCCUUCAAAGCAUUGACAAAUCAAUUACACUAAGUAUAAAAUAUACCAAAAAUAUCUCUGUUUAUAAAAGAAAAUAUCACUAGAAGAUUAUAAUGUAGGUUAUCUUAAACAUUAAAAACUAUUUUAAA